AUGGCGGCAGUCAGAGCGCUCGUCCUCGCGUGCGUGCUCCUCCUCGUGUCGACGUCCGCCUUGGCGCAGCGUGGUCCGCCUGGCGGAGGUCCUCCCGGCGGUCAGCGCGGAGGCCCUGGCGCCGGUUCCGGCGGACCCGGCGGUCCCGGGGGUCCAGACGGAAAGCCGCCGCACGGUCCUCCGUUGAACCUGACGGCCGUCGGGAAUCUGACGGCCGAUAUCGGCGCGCGACUCGCCAACUGCACCAUGGAUCAGAAGACCCUUAACGGCAGCUUCCACAUCGCCGUCUUCAAGAACGCCACCGGCAAUUACAAUCUGCUGGUCGAGGCGCUGCUGGUGGACACGGCAGGCGGUCCACCCGACUCGAUCGCAAUCGUGAAGGGCGCCGUGUGCGACUCCGCCGCGACGGACGUGCUCGCGCUGCCGCUCGCCGCGGCGGACUGGCAGCAGCGCGCGGGGUGGUGGCUGCUGCACGCGGAGGCGCGCCUCGACGCGUUCCUCGAGAACGCGGAUGCCGCCACCCUCGACGCGCUGCUCGCCGUGCUCCCCACCGCCUCGCCUCCGCCCAUCAGCGGCGGCGGUCGCAACGGCGGGGGUAGCAGUGCCGGCGGAGGCAGCGCGGGGGGCGCGCGGAACGGGCAGGGCGGGAGGCGCAUGGGGCGGGAGCUGCUGAUGCACGCAUUCGGGCUCGCUGCCAGGCAGGGGGGGCAGAAGCAGGGGGGGCAGCAGCAGGGGGGGCAGCAGCAGGGGGGGCAGAAGCAGCAGGGGGGAGCGCAGCAGGCGCCUGUAGUGAGCGGGUAUGCUGUGCUGGCGGGCAGCAGCGCAGCAGGUGUGACAGUGCGAAUGCCGCGGGUGGGGGAAGCGGAAAUGAAUGAGGAGGGGGAGCGGUUAUUGGCGGAGAGAUGGCGGGCGGCGGAGAGUUCUGCGCGAAAGACUGGCGGACGAAUUGGGGGAGGAGACGUAUGCAGCGGCGACGAGGCAGUAUCGCGGAUGUACAAUGGUGACUCGACGGGCAGAGAGACGGAUCCCCUUUUGGAGAGAGGAGCCUAUAAAGGGACGGGCAAUAACGAGUACGGGGGGCAGGACGUUGUAACAGGGGGAAGAAGCAUUGCGCGGAUAAGGGAGGGGAUUCCGCCAGCUGCAGGCGCAGAGAAGGGCGUGCCACGUGGCGUGGUGAUAUUGGUCGUCGUGUUCCUGGACCUGUUUGCAGUGGGCAUGGCCAUGCCGCUCGUCACGCCGCUAAUCAAGGAGCUAGGAGCGUCCCCUUUACAGGUCGGCUUUCUCUCGUCCACAUACGGCGCUGUGCAACUCGUUACCGGUCCAUUCUUUGGUCUGCUGAGUGACAGCAUGGGCAGGCGGGUUGUGACUCUGGUGUCGUAUGCUGGCGCAGGGGCCAGCUACCUGCUGCUGGGGCAGAGCAGCACCGUCACGAUGGUGGUGAUCUCUCGUGUGCUACUGGGCAUCACCAAGCACAGCAUGAAUGCAGUCAAGGCGUAUGUGGCGGAUCACACCACAGCCACCAACAGAGCCGUGGAGCUCGGCAGGAUGGCAACAGCAUCGGCUCUGGGCAUCAUGGUCGGCCCUGCAGUGGGUGGCAUGCUAUUUAAAGCAGGCAGUUAUCCCCUCCCAACAGCAGCAGCAGCGCUUCUCUACGCUAUAAACUCCUUCAUUACUGUCACACAGCUGGAAUCACAGCAUAAACCCUCUACCGAAAUUACACCACAUACCCAUAAGAGAACACGGGUUCUCUCACUGCAAGGUCUCCUUCCCAAUGUGGCCAUACUGACUCGACCCCGAGUGGCAGCACUGAUGGCGGUGCGGGCAGUGCUGGGGCUGGCGGUGCACCUCUUCCGGCAGGGCUUCUCGCUGCUCCUCAUCUACCGCCUCAACCUCCCCGUGCACACCAAUGGACUGCUGCUCUCGCUGCAGGGUCUCCUCACAUCGCUCGUACAGGGCCUCGCCAUCCGCCCCUUACUGCAUCGCUUCCCGGAAGCGCCUCUCAUCUUCCGCGGCCUGCUGCUGCUCUCCCUCACCCUCGCUCUGCUCGCUGCUGCCCCCAGCCUUCUUUUCCUGAUCCUAUUGCUACCUCUGCUCGCCCUAUCAACCGGUGUUCUCCGCACCACAUACACAGCCCUCCUCACCACCUCUGUCGCUCAGAGUGAGGUGGGUCAGCUGCUGGGCCUAUCAGACGCCAUCAUGUCAGCUUGUCGGGUGCUCGGUCCCUCUGCUGCCGGCCUCCUCUCAUCCCAAUUCGGCUACCACGCCCCUGUCGCUGUCAGCGCUGUCAUUGCAGCCACUGCAGCUCUCCUCUUCCACCUGCUAGUGCUGCGCCGCCAUCAACCUGCCUCUGCUGCCACAGGAAUUUUGUCCAAAGGGCAUUUGGCCUGA